GUGGGCAGUGAGGAGGAGGGUCGCUGGAUGGGCGUUCGCGGCUAGAUGGCAACGCAGGCUGUGAGAACGAUAGGUGAUGUCAUGAGCUUUCGUUUACAUUAUAAGAAGCUUGCUGGCCUUGGACUGGUAUUCGUUCUGUUGCUAGUUAUCCGUCGCCUCCUUCUCAGUGAUGGUUACCCGCAAAUGACUUUCAAUGGAGAGCCGGAUGGAGCCAACGAUUUCAAUCGCGUCAAGUUUCAGGAUAUGAGCGCGCUGGUGCCGUUUGAGAGCUUCACGACCCAUAAGCGCUACACCCUCGACGUGCGGCCGUCUUACGCUAUCGCGCUGCCAUUGAUGGAGCUGGAGAAGGACAACGUCGCGGCUAUCAUUACCGAGGCGCUGGAGCAGAGUAAGCCCGUGACUGGUGGUGCCAUCUCUGAGCGACACUUUCAAUACGGCUUAAGCCGCCACCUGCCAGGUGUCGGCGAGGAGUACAAUCUAGUUUUCCGCAAUGGCAUAGACGUCUUUUCAGCGCGCGUGUACAGGAAAGUCGGGGCGCCGCUGGUGUCGGUGACACGGCACGAGGCGUUGCGACAGCAGCCCCUCCACAUCGUGAUGCCGCUGUCUGGCCGCGUCCAACGGCUCCGGACUUUCCUGCAUAUGCUGGGCGCUCUCAUCGAUGAUGGCGACAACGUGCGACUGACGGUUGUGGCGUUCGCCGACGGGCCGAACGGCACGCGUCCGGUGGAGGAGGAGCUGCGGCGGUGGCAGCAUACGGCGCGCGCGCGCCUCGUCGUCGACAGCGUCUACUACCCGAUCUUGUUCAGCCGCUUCAACCCGCAGCUGCAGGAGGCGCUGCAGCAGGGCCGGCAGUGGCCACCGGGGCCCGCCAUCGGCCCCGAGACCGGCAACUGGCGCGACUAUGGCUUUGGCAUGGUGUGCCAGUACGGCUCCGACUUCGCGGCCGUCAGUGGAGCCUACAUGGACACGGACGGCUGGGGCGGCGAAGACGUGGCCCUCUACACUCGGUACCUGAGCCGCUACCGUGUCGUGCGCGCGUUCGACCCCGACAUGGAGCAUACGUACCACGGCAAAGAGUGUAGCGAUAGCCUGUCGGCCGGAACGUAUCGCUCCUGUGUUUUGUCUAAGAUCCAGAACGAGGGCAGCAAGAGGCAGCUCGGCUUGCUGGCCUUCACUCUCGGCGGCGAACUGGCACCGCGCGCGCGCACCAUCUUCCACCUGCGUUGGCACCAGCGCGUCGAGGGCUGGGUGGCGCUGGUGCUAGCCGUGCUGCUAACGCUGUCCCUGGUGCUGAACGUGCGCUUGUACCGGCGGCGCGCGCCGUCCUGA